AUGGCUUCAGAUUCGUUGAGAGAUUCGUCGAGUGUACCUUCUUUUUCAAUUGUACCACCUACAAGUGCAGUUAUGGCAGAUGAAUUUGCUAAUAAUCCUUUCUUUUUACCAGCAAACGAGAAUCCUGGUUUAAUUCUCACAUCUCAACCUCUCACUGGUCCUGAGAAUUACAUGAGUUGGGCAAGAUCUGUGUUUUUGGCCUUGAGUGCUGUAAACAAGUUUGGAUUCGUGAAUGGUUCAAUUCCAGAGCCAGAUCCAACCUCACCUUUGUUCAAUUCUUGGAGUAGAUGCAACACUACAAUCCUCACAUGGCUGACCAAUUCACUUAGCCCUGAUCUUAAGGCAAGUGUGAUGUACAUCAAUUCUGCAAAAGACUUGUGGAUUGAUCUUAAAGAUAGGCUAUCUCAGGACAACACACCAAGAUUAUUUAAGCUUCAAAAGGAGAUUUCACACUUGGUUCAAGGUUCACUCUCGAUGAGUUCCUAUUUUACCAAAUUCAAGACUUUGUGGGAUGAAUUUGUCAAUUAUCAACCUUUCACAGUUUGCACUUGUGCUUGUGUUUAUGGUUCUAAGUUAUCUUAG